UGAUCCUCUUACAGUGGCUCUCACCUCAAAUCGCCGCUCAUCCUGCAGCCGGUGUCUUGCAGCCGGAGUCCUGCAGCCGGUGUCUCGGUGAGUGAGUUAAGGGCCGAACAGGGCGCAGAGAGGCGGGCGGAGCGAUGGCGAGUCCCGGGCAGAAAGUGGUGCUGAUCACCGGCUGUUCCUCCGGCAUCGGCCUCAGGAUGGCCGUGAUGCUGGCGAAGGAUGAACAGAAGCGUUAUCACGUCAUAGCCACGAUGCGUGAUCUGAAGCGUAAAGACAAGCUGGUGGAGGCCGCCGGGGACACGUACGGGAAAACUCUCUCUCUGGCUGUACUGGACGUCUGCAGCGACGAAUCCGUCCAACAGUGUAUUAACGGCAUCAAAGAUCGACACGUGGAUGUCCUUAUCAAUAACGCGGGUAUCGGCCUGGUGGGUCCCGUGGAGAGCAUCCCCAUUGAGGAGAUGAAGAAAGUGUUUGAGACCAACGUCUUCGGAGUGAUCCGCAUGAUAAAGGAGGUGAUGCCCGACAUGAAGAGAAGACGAGGAGGACACAUCAUCGUGGUCAGCAGCGUGAUGGGCCUGCAAGGUGUGGUGUUCAACGACGUGUACGCGGCUUCCAAGUUCGCCAUGGAGGGAUUCUGUGAGAGUUUGGCCGUGCAGCUCUUGAAGUUUAACGUCACACUGUCGUUGAUCGAGCCGGGUCCCGUGCACACAGAAUUUGAGGCAAAGAUGAUUCAGGAGGUCAAACAGAGGGAGUGUCCCGGGGCUGACGCCGACACGGUGCAUUACUUCAAGAACGUCUACCUUCCUUCUUCCAUUGACAUCUUUGAGGUGCUGGGACAAACGCCCGACGACAUCGCCAGAUGCACCAAGAAAGUGAUUGAAGCAAGCAGGCCACGUUUCCGUAAUCUGACCAACCCCCUGUACACCCCCAUCGUGGCGCUGAAAUACGCCGAUGAGACUGGAGGCCUGUCCGUCCACGCCUUCUACCACAUGCUCUUCAACAUGGGCACCCUCAUGCACGUCAGCAUGACCGCCAUGAAGUACCUCACCUGUGGAUGUCUGAGGAGCAGGACCAUCUCACCAAACUAGAGGCUCACGUUUUUGUGUACAGCUGUGAAGUAUACAAAAUCAGUGCCCGACCGAUAAAUCAGUUGGCCGAUAAUAUUGGCAGAUAUUAGCUUUUCACAGACGUAUCGGCCGAUAUUUUAAGAGCCCGACCGGUAUUAUCGGCCAACUGAUUUGAGCCAAAAACUGUGCAUUGCUGUUUAACUUUUAUGUAAAAUAAAUGUUUGUUAUAAGUUCUAUGCCAUCGGCCCCCAAAAAUCUAUAUCGGUCGGGCUCUAAUACAAACACACUUGAGUGUGUGUAGACUAGAAAAAGAGACCUCAUGCUACCUCAUCUUGGGUUGUCAGAGGGUCACGAAAAAAUGAAAAAAAAAAAAAUUAACAUACAGUGCCCAUGUAGCAAAAGUCACAUUGUCACAAAUAAAGGGAAAAAAUCAUUAACAAAUCCAUCCAACAGUUUCAAUGGUGACCUGCCAUAUUUUGUGUAGUUUACAGUUAAUGUGUAUGUCUACAUAUCAAUGACCAGUCUUCUCUACAUUCUUGUUUAUUUAUAAAAAUUACUUGUACAGGAUUCAUUUGGGCAAACAUAUUCAUCUCAUUGAAAAUCACAUACCUUCAUUUCAUCUGGGAAUGUUCUUUGGUAUCUAAGCUCUGGUCUAAGGAAGCUACAAAGAUCUUGGAAAGAUCCUGAAAUUCCCAAUGCCUGAACAGCCCAUCCAUAUUUUCACUUCAUGAUGACUCCUCACUCAGGGAUAACACCAGUUUAGCACUUAGAAAAAUCAUAUAUGCAGGUCCAAAAAGACUAUAAUGCACUCAUGGUUCCCCAAGGACAAAAGAAUGGUGGAAUCAUUGCUCUAAUCAAAAGGUCAUUAGUUGUAAUUCAUAAAGCACAGUUGUCCACCGCGGAGGCGUGAGAGACACCUACUGAUUUCUAUCACACAGUCUCUCACACAGAUAUAAUGUGCCACUUUGAUUAGACGCAAAUUAGUUUAGUGAAUAUUAUUAUUAUGGUUGUUGUUGUUGUUUUUUAAUCAUCAUUCUAUUUUUGUUGUCGUCUGUGCUCUUUUUUUUCUGUCUGUUUCUUUGUAAAGGCAUAAUGAUGAUUUGUAUACGUUUGUGUUAAAACACCUUUUGUAGUUUAUAGGUAUGAAAAUCCUUGUCUUGUACCUGGUGUAUGAUUUUCAUAUGUCCCUUUCAAUUUUAAUAAAUAGUUGAUCA